AUUGGCUGGGAAAUCGACCUGCCACUGAGAGAUGUUAUCAUUAGUGGCAACGCCUCCUCCAGCGAGGGCACCGGAGAUGACGGGGAAACCUUCCUAGUCGACCAGACCAUAUCGUGGGGUUCUCUGACCGCGAUUUUGGAUAUCGAGCACUGGUAUGACGAACUGCCUGUUGGUGAUGAGCUGGUUGAAAUCAAUGUGCGAGGAAGGAGUCUUUUCGGCAUUCUUGGAGCCAUUCAGGAGUUUUACAAGACGGACAAUCGUAUGGAAGGCAUGAGGCAUACAGUGUUCGAAGGGCUUGAACUCCAGGACGAUGGCCGGUGGCAUCUGUCCCUUGGUAGCUAG